AUGAGAUCGCGGAGGGAGCGGCUGCCCGCGCUCUCCUCCGUGCCCGGAUCCGUCACUUCAUCCACUCCCGGGCACCCCGAUCGGUGCCGUUCAGGGGAGCUCCGUCUGUUCCUCAGCUCCCGGGCAGCUCAGACGGCGGACUCCGAGCCGCAGCUGUCCUGUGCCCGCCUCCGGCAGCUCGCAGGCGCUGUCCCCGCCUGUCCCGGCACGGAGCUGGGCUGCAGCGGCUGCACAGCCCCAGGGGCCGCGGCUGCGGGCACCGGAGAGCUCCCGGAGGCCGCGCUUGUCUCCGCAGGCAAGCGGUUCAGGUCCCAUCCUGUGCCCGUGUUGGUGCUGGUUGUUCUCGUGUUGCUGGUGCUGGCUUUGGCGGUGGCCUUGGCUGUGCAGUCAGCCCCAAAGCUUCCAGUCCCACCUGCGACUCUGCUCUUGGUUCUGGCCUGUCCCUCUGGCUGGGUUGGCUACAAUGGGCUCUGCUACUACUUCUCCAGGGAUUCCAGCACCUGGGAGCAGGGUCAGGAACGGUGCUCCGAGUUCGGGGCCUCCCUGGCCAUUGUCAAGGAUGAGGACAUGGGUUUGCUCUUCCGCCUCCGCGGGAACGUCGAUUACUGGCUGGGGCUGCGCAGACGGGGCCAGCGCCUGCACUGGGGGGACGGCAGCAACUUCAGCUCCUGGGUUCCUGUCCUUGGCAAUUCCGAGUGUGUGUACCUGGCUGACGAUAAAUUCCGGAGUGAGGACUGCUCCAAUGAGCGGCCGUAUCUGUGCAGCAAGGCCCAAGCUCCCCUGUGACAGGGGCUGCACAAAGGACCUUCUCCACGCUGGGCAGUGCCAGCUUCACCUCUCAGCCCGGCACAGGCUGUCCUUGCUCAGCUGCAGCCUGUGCCUUGCCCUCACUCUCAGGGUCACCUCCUUGCCUGUUCCUCGCCACUGCCAAGGCCAGGCUGGGUGUUUUUGGGAAUUCUGGAAACUCAGAAUUUUGGGCUUUAGUAUUUAGUAGUAUAUUUGAAGCAUUAUGGGGAAUUUUGAGCCUUGUCUGGGUCCUUUAUCUCCACCUUCUUCUCUCUUGUUCUUCAUGGUUUUGGGUGGUUUUCUGUAACUGGGUGAAAGGAGAUCCACAUUUCCAGCCUUGAGUGGUCAUUAUUGGGUCAGAAAUAUACAUUAUGUAGGUCUGUCCUCAUUAUUGGAUAAUUAGCACUUAAAUAACCUUAGAAAGGUUUAGAAGCACUCGAUUUCUCUUCAUUUCUCUAACUUGCUUGUUAGAGCUCAUGAGCUUCUCUAAAGAGCUAGUUAGGCUCGUGUGUCUGUAAAUAGAUAAGAAAUAAUAAACAUCCAAGUCCAAACAUAA